AUGGCGAUCAAGCACAAUCAGCAAAUUCCUCACAACCAUUUCCGAAAGGAUUGGCAGAGACGUGUUCGAGUUCACUUUGAUCAGCCUGGUCGCAAACUUCGACGCCGCAAUGCCCGUCAAGCAAAGGCUGCUGUAGUCGCACCAAGGCCUAUAGACAAGCUAAGACCUAUCGUCAGAUGCCCAACAAUCAAAUACAACCGACGUGUGCGCGCCGGAAGAGGCUUCAGCAUAGCUGAAUUGAAGGAGGCUGGAAUACCCCGCAAGCUGGCACCAACUAUCGGCAUCUCUGUUGACCCCCGAAGACAAAACUUGUCUCAAGAGUCUCUCGCUAUCAACGUAGAGAGACUAAAGACCUACCAAUCUCGAAUGAUACUCUUCCCUCGUAAGACUAGUAAACCGAAGAAGGGUGACGCAAGCCAAGAGGAAAUAAACAGCGCAAAGAACACUGUAUCGAAUUUGAGGACUAGCAUCCCAAUAACCACAGUUUCUGGAGGAGUAAGCGAGAUCAAAAAGAGUGAAAUGCCUGAGCCUGUCGAAGGCGGCGCGUACAGAAAAUUACGGGAUGCACGGAGUGAAGCUAGAUACUCGGGCAAGAGGGAAAAGCGCGCCAAAGAUAAGGCCGAUGAAGCAGCUGCCGCUAAGAAGUAG